UCCUGGUAAAUUCAGCCUUCAGAGAGUCUGUGUUGUCUUACCUGACACACACACUCACAUACAUACACACAGUCACACACAGACACACACAAUUGAUUUCUCCUCUUUUUUAGGGUCUUGGGCUACACAAUUUAACAGAAAUACCAUUAGAAAAUCCAUCUUAUGUUCAGGGUUUGUCCCAAUCAAAAGUGGAACGGAAAUAAGACACAGAGGAAUAAAACACCACGAACAUCACUUUUCUGUCAGACAUUCACAAAAUGGCUGUUUUUGAUCAAUACUUUCAUUCCUCCUUCUGCUUUUCGGUUCAUAGUGACUUGAACUGUGACUCUGUGUCCCAUGUUGUUAUAAUGCUAUUCCCCUUUUAGCAGAAGUGUAAAACUGACCAACCCAAAAAGAUGAGUGUGGUGGUAAUAAUGUAAAACACAGUAGCACCAUGUUGUUAAGACACACACUUCUAGCUGAACGUGGGCUCAGAAGAUCAGAGAGUGUGUAGAGAGAUUAGCGCUCGUGUCCUUUUUUUGUCAUGUUGGAUUCUUGCACCAUUUACAACCAGGAAAUAGAAACACACAUCACUUUGCAACAUACAACACGUGAUGUUCAAUACUGACUGACUUGAAAGUCCAUCUGUUUUGUCCUUAUGGCUGUUGUGAAUUCAGUACAGAUCGGAGAAAAGAAAUUCAUCAGCAAGACUGACUUACUGUCACAUCUCAAGACCUACAACCUUUAUUUUGAGGAAACAUCGCUCCAGCUGCGGCACAGAGAGGAAGAAGAAGAACUGAUCAUAGAAGGUUUGCUUAAUAUCUUCUGGGGCCUCCGGCGACCAAUCAGAUUGCAGAUGCAAGAUGGCAAAGAGCCAAUCACCUCUCCUCGUUUUCUUGCAUCCUUGAGACGCUCCAGAACUGACGGCAACAAAGCAGAGUCAAAAAAACAGCACAGCACACAGGCUCCGCCAACAAUUAUGUUCACUGAGCCUGAGGAUGUUUCAAGUGGUAGUGAAGCAGCAGGAGAUAAAGGUGAAGAGGAAGACCCAACCCUGCAGAGGACUAGAAGUUGUGUGAGUGGGCGGAGUCUGGGUGUUCGGCCAGAGCAUAGCAAACAGCGUCAAAUCAAAAGACACCGAUGUUCCUUCAACGGCCAUUUCUAUAACCACACGACUGCAGUUUUCACCCCAGCAUUUGGUUCGGUCACUAACGUCCGCGUCAACAGUUCCAUGACGACGUCGCAGGUCCUCCGUGUGCUGCUCAACAAGUUCAAGAUCGAGAACAGUCCUGAUGAAUUUGCGCUUUUCUUUCUACACACCAGUGGAGAACGCGUGCAGCUGAAAAAGGAUGAUCAUCCGCUGGCCAUCCGUAUCCUACAUGGCCCAUGUGAACAGAUCAGUAAAAUCUUUCUCAUGGAGCCGGACCAGGUGGAAGAGGUCACUUAUGAUGUGGCACAGUAUAUAAAACUGGAGAUGCCUGUGCUACAGAGCUUCAUUCUCAAACUGAAGGAGGAAGAGAACAGGGAGAUGGAGAAGCUUAAGCAGAAGUACUGUGAAAUUCGACGUAUGAUUCAGAAGCACAUGCAACGUUUGUCUGAUACACGUUGUUAGUUGUUUUGUCUCAUUUACUUUACUGUACCUCCUGAUUUUUCAUUUUCAUUCAGUACAGAACAAGCCCAGAGUUUACAUUAAAUCCAAAGAUACAAACAUUUAAGGCAGAGCUGAAAACGGGGUGGAGGAAGAUCAGUGGAGGAGUGGCAACUCUUAUUUAGAGCAGGAGAGCAGAUGCCACCUUGUAAUGCUAUGUGGCCAAACUCCUGGUACUUACUUUUUAUUCCGUUAUUUAUACUCUUUUACAUUAUUUAUAGUUUAGUAAUCUUAACCUAUGUAGUCAGCUACUGUAAAGCAAGACUACCUUUGAUAUGAUGUUCUUUGUGAUUGGCUGAUCAAAUGUAACUGAAAAUCUACCUUUAUUGACCCACGGAUGUCUGUCAUUCAGCAACAUCCUACAGUGCUAAUAUAUACUCUGUAAGUUCCCUACUACUGCUUGUAUCAGCUCACACCAUACUGUACUGGGAUUAGUGAUGCAGUAUUUGUAAUGGAGUCUCACUGGAGAAAAAUAAUUAGAUCAUAUUUUAAAUAAUAUUUAAUAACUGAUUAAAUAAAUGUGGUUUAUAGUGGUACAGUAAUGGUGCAUCUCCAUCAGCCCACUAGCUCCCUAAGUAAGUAAUCAUUUGAGAGCUACAACAAUCCCUUGUCCAAGAGUUUAUAUUCAUAAUGAGAAACUUCAGAAAAUAUUAUGUGUUUUCCAGUAAGAGAAUAAAGAAUGCAUUGAUGCUCCUUGGUUUUUGUGGUGCAUUAUGGGGUUUUUAGGGCGGGAACAUUCCAGUGUACUGGAAAGAUUUUUUGAUUGUCAGACAGAGAGAGAGAGAAAGAGAGAGAGACAGAGACAGACAGACAGCCCUUAAAUUGACCGACUCGUUGAUCACUGCCCCUGACUACUGAAUUAGUGAGCUGAUUGAGAUGACUAAGACUUUUAUCCCUGCAUGUGUACUGAUAGUGGACUCAUCACAAUAUACUCUGAUGUAUAUGUUGUAUCCGAUGAACCAUGAAAGGAGACAUAAUAAAACUGAUAUUUUUUGUGUGAACCAUGUUUCAGAAGUGGAAAACAAUGCAUUUAAAGAAUUUUAAGCCUGAUAGAUACUGUACAAUAAAUAAAUGAAUAAAAAAAAAUAUUUGUA